AUGCCGACAUUAGCAGCCAUAGACGUCUCGGUCUGUGACGACCAGAUAAGCCUCGUCUUUUCGCACCGCGCCCUCGCCGCCGCCUACGCCGCUUACCUCGAAGCCGAAGAUUCGCGGCCGCCCUAUGCGCAGGCUGUGCCAGGCUACCGACGACUUGCCGUGUUUCAUGCCGCCUCCAAAGAAGUCACACUAGCCAUGCCCAGCUUCCUCACCUGGUUCAUCACCAUGCGGCAACCGGAUGACGAAGACAGCGUAACAUUUACUUUCUCAGACGAGGAUGAGGAGCAAGCCAGGGCGUGGGCAGAGAGCGUGGUUCUUUUCGAGCCCCCGGUGCCGCCGGGAACGGUGUACGAUUUGGAGGACGGUGUUAGGCAGCUGCAUGUCAAGAGGCUGUGGAACAGGGGGAAGUUGUUGCAGAGGCUGGAGGAGCUGAAGAAG